AUGGAAAGCGCUAGAGGUGCUACAGGUUCUCCGCAGUCGCUUUUGCCCACAACGCUCGUCUUGUCGUUGCCGACCGUUUCGGCUGUGCUGCUCGACGUUUGUCGGCAGAUAGCACUGCUGGCACUGCGGCUUCUGUUGUGGACGCUGUUGGCGUUGGCCCGGUCGGGCAAGGACCCCCUGGCUCGUGCUGCUGCUGCUGCUGCUGCUGCUGCUGCCCCAGUCUCGUCCGCGUCCUCUUCUGCCGCCGAGUCCACCGACGACGUCGAACCCACCUGCUGGAUGGCAAAGUCCAUCGGCAGUCGGUCGCCCAAGCCCGCCUCGAUGCCGACUACGCUGUUACCCGUCCGCCACGUCGACGAUGCUGUGCCGCAGAUCCGUGAGAUACAGCAGGAGCGUCCACAUGAUGAGGCACGCCAGCCAGGCCACGACGUGCCGCCACACGGGGCGGCCAAUGCGGGCCAGCAGGCUUUUCUGGUCCUCGCCAGCGGGUCGGCCGAUUUUGGUUUCCUCGCCUACGGCUCGCCCGUCUUUGGCUUCCUUUUCCUCGCUUGCGGCUCGCUUCUCAUGUCUUCCGUCCUCAUCGGUUCGCCCUCGUCCUCGUCCUCGUCCUCGCGCGGCUCGCCACUGCCGCCACGGCCGCCACCCCGUCAGCACAUACACACCCAGCGUCAUCGCCAGCCACAACACGGGCACCCCAAUCACCAAGUACUUCAACGCCUCCAGCGCCUGCCAGUACACCAGCCCGCCCCGCUGGUCGCACGUAUAGAGCACGGCCGCAAAGUUGUCGUCGGGGUUGGCGACGCGGCCCUGGUACGCGUAGUCGAGCUCGCUGCGGGGGUCGAGAAAGACGACGGCCGCGGCCAGGGCCCACAAGACGACGAGGACGGCACGGCGCAGCCACGUGCGGCGGCCUUUGCGGCGUGGGUGGUGGUGGUAGUGGCGGUAGUGGUGGUAGUGGUGACGGGGCCACUCGUCUUCCUGCGGAAGGAGAGCGUAGAGCACAACGGGAGGGAACACGGCAUAGAGGCCCACCAGGAGCCCCAGCGCCGAGUCGUACAGGGCGUGUCCGCUGGGAAUGUUUUGGGAAUUGACCGGGUGCCGGCGCAGCUCGUUGGUGUGGAAGGCUUCCAUGACGAGGGCGGCGACGAGGAUGGCGAUGGCGAGCACGGCGGCGGCCAUGAGAAAGCCGUCCAGACUGCCGCGGAGGGCGUCGAAGCACCGGUGGCCGGCGCGGGCCAGUCGUCCCCGUUCUCGCCCUCGUCCUUGUCCUCGUGGAUUUUGCGUUACCUUGCUCUGCUCGACGGAGAGGGCGCCUGCACAGCGUCGUCGUCGUCUCUGUCGCUGCUCCCGCACAAAGCGCUUGAUCCGCCACGCGGUAAACACCAGCAGGUACAGCGUCGUGAGCGACGCCUCAAUGUAGUACGAAAUCACGACGCCGAUGCCCGACAGGUCCGCGUUGCCGGUGAAGGCAAUCGCCUUGCAAAACUCGCGCUGGCAUUUGUCGGCCGGCGCCCAAAUCACAUUGUCGACAAAGUCCGGGUCGACGCUCCACCGCCCGCUGGUGGCGUUGUAGGUGUGGAACAGGUGGCUCGUGAGCCACUGCGUGACGACGCCAAAGUACGCCGUGCCCGCCGGCGAGUCGACCGUCUGCGUCAAAUUGCCGCCGUCGCCGCCCGCGGUCGCGUCGAAGACCCAGUCCGGCGGCAGGGCGUAGCUGACGAGCAGAAUGGUGAGCGGGAUGCUGCCGCCCAGCGCCUCGGCCGGGUCCCACGGGUUGGGCGCGACGAACGCGGCGAGCCACUGGCCGUAGACGGAGCAGUUGCGGGCAAAGUCGAGCUGGGACCAGUCGGGGAUGGCAGCGGCGCCGGGGUUGGCCGUGCCGGGGUUGGCCAUGGCCGUCAUUGA